AAGACUGUUAGGCUAACACCUCUUCAAAGUCCUCAGAUGAAUAUUCUAGGUCUAGGAUAGAUUCUGGUGUAUUUACCGACUGGGGCAGGAAGAAAAGGCUUCUAUCACUCAGACCUACAAGUGUCUAACUCAGGGCCGAAGUCCAACUGAGGAAGGGCGGAAGUAGAGUGUCCGUAGCUGCAGUCAUGGCGCAGGAAGAGGAAGAUGUUAGAGACUACAAUUUGACUGAGGAGCAGAAGGCGAUCAAGGCCAAGUAUCCUCCGGUUAAUCGGAAGUACGAGUAUCUGGAUCAUACAGCGGAUGUCCAGUUACACGCAUGGGGAGAUACUCUGGAGGAAGCAUUCGAACAAUGUGCAAUGGCCAUGUUUGGUUACAUGACAGAUACGGGGACUGUGGAGCCCCUCCAAACAGUGGAAGUGGAAACACAAGGAGAUGACUUGCAGUCUCUUUUGUUUCACUUUUUGGAUGAGUGGCUUUAUAAGUUCAGUGCUGAUGAAUUCUUCAUACCCCGGGAAGUAAAAGUACUUAGUAUUGAUCAAAGAAAUUUCAAAUUACGGUCAAUUGGGUGGGGAGAAGAAUUCUCAUUGUCCAAGCACCCUCAGGGAACUGAAGUUAAGGCAAUAACAUAUUCAGCAAUGCAGGUCUAUAAUGAAGAGAAGCCACAAGUUUUUGUGAUCAUUGACAUCUAAGAUACAAAAAAACAAACGAACAAGCAAAGCCUCCUAUGAAGAACUGUGUUUUCUCUUCCUUUUGAGAAGAUAUCAUGAUAUAAAUUCUACAGUAUCUGACGAUACCUGAUGAUAUGCAGAACAGAAAUUUUUGACUUAAAAGUGUAACUUUCACAAAUGGAAAAUCAAGGCAUAGCCUUGGUUUGUUAACCAAAUAUUCAAAUGCUAAAGAAUUCUUCAGGUGGCAAGUAUGGUUCCUGAUUUAUUCCCUGCUGUGGCAGCAGGGGCUCACAUCCCUCCCUCAGGUGGGAUGCCAGCACUCCAGCCUGGUCCCAAAGUGGAUCGUAUUGAUGCUUCCUUGUUUUCCCAUAAGAAAAACCUAAUGCCCUUACAAAUGAGCCCUUCCUUCUAACAUGUAAUUUUAUAUUAAAGUCAGUCUAUUUAUACAGUUAGAGAAGAACACUAGUGUGUGAGAUAAACAUCGAUUGCUUGCCUCUCACACUCUCCCAACCAGGGACCUGGCCCGCAACCCAGGCAUGUGCUCUGACUGGGAACCUAACCAGCGACCUUUGGGUUCGCAGGCUGGCGUUCAACCCACUGAGCCACAGCAGCUGGGGUGGGAAUUUUUAAAAUUUUCUUUGUUUUUAAAAAAUUACCUAAGCUCUUUAUUUCUAAGGAGACAGGAGUCAAAAGAACUUUAGAAUGAUCUGAACUUUUCAAAGUUGAUGACUUUAAAAAAAAUGAAGCUGCUUUGGUUUGAUUUGCAAACUUACUCUCUUCAUUAAUUGAGGUAUUCUUUCUUGUGAUACAAGGGUUUGCAAAGUUUCUAUUUAUUCUCACAAACAUAAGAAGAGGUUGCCACUGGUGGUGCUAAAUAUUAUAGUAGGAUGAACUUGACCUAAGAGGAAGAGAUGGUGAGCUUUCUAAGUGUUCUGUCUGAGCACUGCAUUAUUUCCCCUGGGUAUUUAACAGAGUGGGACUAAUGACAGCUAGGCAAAGAGCCUGUAGCUCUUCAGAUUAAUACCCUCAGGAUCGAUGGGGUAGUUGUUCUUAACCUUCUUUAAUCUUAGGCACAUUUUGCAAAUCUGGAUUGUGACUCUCCAAGCAAAAAAAAAGUCUAGAAUCUCUGCCUUUUGUUAGGAUGAAUUUCCAGACUGAGGGGGGGCUCUUUUUUUCAUAGAUCCCUUUGCACAUCAUGGGCUACUUUGGGGGUUGAUUGUGAAAAUAAACAAGGGGAUACCAUGAGGGCAGUGGGAGAGCCACAACUGUAGAGUAAGAGCUGUAGGGAUGGAUUAAGCCAUGUAGUAUAUAAACCUGACUAGGAGAAAAAGCACAGCUGUUUCUGUUACCAACAAUGCUAAAUAAUGAAGUUCAGUAAAACCAAUUCAGGUGUUAUGCAAUACAAAUUGUUUCUUUUUAUUUGUGAUAAAUAUAUAAUUUUUCACAAUUUUAAACAUUACUUUGUUUUAAAAUACGCCAAGAUGGUCCUGGCUGGUGUGGCUCUGUUGGAGCCACGUCCCAUACACGGAAAGGUUGCAAGUUCGAUUCCUGGACAGGGCACGUACCUAGGUUGUGGGUUAAAUCCCUGGUUGGUGUGCGUGCAGAAGACAACCAAUUGAUGUUCUCUCUCCCUCCCCUCUUCCACUCUUUACAAGCAAUAAAAAAAAUGCUCUCAGGUGAGGAUUAAAUAAGUAAAUAUGCCAAAAUGAACAUUCUGCAUGGAAGAAAAAUGAGUACAUUACCCUUAAUAUGUGAAGUUGGCUGUUUUUGCCCAUCACAUACCUUUUUAAUAUUUUACUAAAGUAUAGUUGGCAUGCAACUGUCCCCAGCUUUUUUAGGUUAAGAAUCUUUUCUUCAAAAUGUGAAUUAGGCACAAAUUAGGGUGUCUUUUUUAAGGAUUUUAUUUAUUUUUAGGGAGAGGGGAAGGGAGGGAGUCAGGGAGAGAAACAUCAAUGUGUGGUUGUCUCUCAUGUGCCCACUGAGGACCUGACUAGGAAUCAAACCAGCAACCCUUUGGUUCUCAGCCUGCGCUCAGUUGACUGAGCUGUAUCAGCCAGGGCUUUAAGCAUCUUUUUUUUUUUUUUAAGUUUUUAUUUUUUAGAUUGGAAGAGAGGGAGAGAAACAUGGACCAGUUCCCUUUCUUGCUCCCAACAGGGAACCUGGCCCACAACCCAGGCAUGUGCCCUGACAGGAAUUGAACCUGCAACCUUUUGGUUCACAGGCCAGCACUCAACCCACUGAACCACACCAGUCAGGACGGAGCUGUGGAAUUUAAACACUGCUGGGCUGACGUUUUUAUUUUGGGGUUGUGGUUAAUAGCACAAACUGGGGCCAGAUCACUGGGGUUCUCCUCCUUGCUUCCCCACUUAUUUAUUCUCCACUUUGGGCAUGUUGUGUAACUUCCCUAUGUGUCACUUUCCUCAUUUUAUGGGGUGAUGUUAGUAUUUGUAGGUCGUUGAGACGACUCAAUGAAUACAUACACAAAGCUCUUAGGACAGUGCCUGACACAGUAAAUGAGGGCCAUUGUUACUGCAGCAAACAUGCUACCACCCCCUUUUCUCCUUAAUUUUAAAAAGCCCACGGUGCUUGGCUAGGGGGUGUGGCCAUCCUAGAGAUAACCCCAGUUGUAGUCGGUGCCAUUGUGCUCGAGUCUACAUUUAUCAAUAAGAGCAAAGCCACUAGUCUCUGCUGCUCCCUCUCCUGCUUCUCUAGUGGUCCUUCCAGGAUUAAUCAAGUUUUCUUUUCUAACAUCCAAGUUGAGCAUCUGUUUUCAAAAACUUAUCCCAUUAUGCCAAACCAAUUGCCCCUCCAAUUAUGGUUCCUAACUGAUUCCCUUGAUAUGCACAGUAUUAAACAUUCAAAGGCUGAAUCACAUUGAAAAUAAAAAUGGACAAAUUAUUGGGCAUAUUUGUUUCUGCCUCAUUGUCCCAGUGGCCAGAACAGCCUACCCAAAUGCACUGGCAAAGGUCACACCACAUAACCUUUGAUGUCUUUGCCCAGAUUCUUUUUAUAACUAUUGAGGUAUAAUUCACAUACUGUACAAUUACCAUUUAAAGUAUAACUCCAUGGUUUUUACCAUAUUAACACUUACACAACCAUGACCACAAUCAAUUUGCAAACAUUUUUCCUCCUAAAAAGACCUGGCUGGUGUAGCUCAGUGGAUUGAGUGUAGGCUGUGAAUCAAAGGAUCACCAGUUUGAUUCCUGGUCAGGGAACAUGCCUGGGUUGCAGGCCAGGUCCCCAGUAGGGGGCACAUGAGAGGCAACCACACACUGAUGUUUCUCUCCCUCCUCUCAGUGAAUGAAUGAAUGAAUAAAAAGAUGAAAAGAACCACUGUUAAGCAAUCAUCUCUCCCAUACCUUGAAGCCCUGGGCAACCACCAGUUUACUGUCUGUUCUGUUACCCAGAUUCUUACCAGCGAAUAUUGUCUUUUUUCUAUAUAACUGGAAACUCACCUCUUGGAAGCUGUUUGGACUUGCCCCCACUUUCUGAUCCCUGCUAUACUGGGUCCUUUCUGUUCCAGUGAAAUACUUAGCAUUUUAAAUUUAUGGAUGCAUUGCUGCAUCAAGUUUUUUAACAUAGGUAGUAGUCCAACUCCCCUUUUAAGUAGCAAGCACUUUAAAAAGCAAAGGAACUGGCUUCUGGUAUUUUAUUACCUUCUUUGAACCUUCCAUCUUGUCUAUUUUCAGUGACAUUUAACCCAGGUCUUCUGGGUUCCAAGGCCCCUGGUGAUGUGCUCCGUAGGGAGAGGUCUCUAAUGUCAUGUUUCCAUAUCCACAUUCCAGGUUUCUUGCUUUUUUAUCACCCAACCCUCCCACAAUCCCACACUGGAGUUUUCUUGAACUUCUCUUACACUCCCAUUCCCUGCACUCAACUACUAUUUGCUAGUUGCCCUUAUUGAUCAACUCUCUUCCUUUCAUUGUGUCUACAAAUUUUAGAUGUCCUUUCCAUUCUAAGAGGCAUUAGCUCAAAAUUGUCCUUAAAAAUACAUCAGCAGAGCCCAGCAGGUGUGGUUCACUUGGUUGGGUGUCCUGCAGACUGAGAAGUUGCCAGUUGGAUUCUGGGUCAGGGCACAGGAUGGGUUGCAGGUUCUGCCGCCAGUUGGAGUGCAUAUGGAAGGCAGCCAAUCCAUGUUUCUCUCUCAGAUCAGUGUUUCCCUCCCUCUCCUCCCUCCCCAUCUCUCUAAAAUAAAUUUAAAGAUUUUAAAUAUAUCAGCAUCUUGGAUUAAGGACCAUUUGUGUUACUUACAUUUGUUUUUAUGCAAAAAUAAAUACAAAUUCUCCCUACCCAAAUUGUCUGAAUUUACUCUAGGAAACGGGGUAGUUGGAAGAGGGUGCAAAUGAAGAUACUAAAAUAUUUGUUGAAGAAAUAAAUGGAUGUGCUUCUAGCACUUGGUACUUCCUACUUUACAUUAUUAUUAGCUGUAUGGAAGCCUCUCCACCUGGAAUGUAAAGUUGCUCCAGGACAUCAUUUCAUUUCUCUGCCUUGCAUGUGAUUUCCCUAAGUCAUUAUAAGUGCCUCACUUUAAAAUAUGUGGAGAUAUAUAUAUAUAUAUAUAUAUAUAUAUAUAUAUACCUGAAAGAUUGGAGCCAAAGCCUCUGCUUCCAAUUUCCUUCUCGGAACUUCCUCUCUGAUCUUGGCGAAGUCUUUUCACCACUCUAACCCUGUUUCUUCACUGGCCAAAAUAGUACCAACUUCAUGUGGCUGUCAGGAUAAAACUUGUUGGUCAGUAUCUCUUAAAGAGUUAUGACUCCCUUGAAAAGAAAGGACGGAGGAGGAGGAAAGGAAGAAACGAGAACAGGCAGGCACUCUGUAAACUUGAAAACCGUGAGUCAGAAUCUGGCCAAUGGACUGAUGCAGAGUGGGGUUCGCUCUCCGCACCCGAACGCCAAAGGCGCUGAUUGGGCGUUGGGAUCCACCUUUCUGAGCCACAAGGCCAGGGGCACGGUCCCUGCAGCUUGUGUGAGAAGAGUGCUGGGGAUGCAGGAGAUUUCAGGGAUGCCUAGAGCAUUGAAAUGCUUUGUCCCGCAGAUAACAAUCUUGUAACCGAGAGGGGUAAAACAGACCAGCCCACCCAGCAGCAGAGCGACGGUUUUAGGUAGUGGUACGAGUUCCACUGUGUGGGCUCGAAUCCCCGCGGGGCACGGAGUCGCGGGUGGCUUUGGGGUCAUUUCUUAAGCCUCUGUUUCCUCCUGUUUUAAGUGGGAAAGGCGCGGGUGCCUACUUGAAUCCUGGCGUCUAGUAGAUCCUGGCAAAUGUAGGCUCUGUAUAGGGCGCCCAAUACAUCCUGCAGAAAAUUUUCUUCCAACACCCCUGCCCCCACUACCCAGACCUUGUUAUUAGGGGUGUCUGGUAGGUCCGAGGCUUCUCUGAGGGUCUAGCAGCCGGUGUAGUCUUCUGGUCACCCGCCUGAGCACGAAUAAACGUUGCUACUGGUUAGGGGGAAAAAACCGGAUUUUCACUUUUAAACGUGCCCUGGAACAUUGGAGCGUCUAGGGCCAAUGCUUAUAGGCACGUUUUCCACUGUUGUCUUCCUUGGGGAUCUUUUCCUCCAAAAGGAAAAAGCUUUAGAUCAACUCAUGCAACAAAAGGCACAAUAUUUUUAUUUAAUUUUAGCAUUUAACCUUUUUGAAUUGUACAAUAAUAUGCCGCCUUCGUUACUGGAUAUGGUGUGUGUUGGGGCAGGGUGAGGAGACUAAGCAAGGGAGUGUCUGUAUAUACAACAUUACCGAAGGGAUAUACUUGUGUUUGAAUUGCAAACAUAACCUUAAACAUGGCAAUGAGAAUGGUACUCUACUCAGAAGAUAUUAUU